AUGGCUUUUCAGCUCAUGCAGCUUCUCUCCUCGUCUCCCUCGACCCACUCGCAGCCAAUUGCGGCCAGCAAAGGCAGAGUGCCAGGCCACUUGGCCUCACAGGCUGGGAAGGCUGUGACUAGCCGUGCUCAGGUUGGAGCUGGUGGAGGAAAAGGAUGGGCUGGAGAAGGAGCAGGGGGAAGAGGUGGGGAGAUGGCAAUGAGGGACGCAGCUGGUGGUUCAGGUGACAGUGAGUGGAUGCCGGAUAUCACCAAGCAGCAGCACUACCUGUACCACAGAAGGGGAGACUCUGCAGGCCUGGAUUUCAGGAGCAACGGUGCUGCUACUAGUGCUGCUGAGAGGCGCCCUCCAGACACACCUGGUGGUGGCACGGGACAGAACCAUGGUAUCAGUGAUGGUGGUGCGGCGUUGCUGAACCUGGCUCCGUUCACGGAUCUGCAGGAUUACGUGAAAGAGUUUGGGCAGCACAUGGCGAGGAAGCGAGUGCAGCAUGUCAGGGAUAACCUGCCAGAGGUCGCCGCCCGGGUUGGCAGCAUACUCUUCAUCAUCCCUUGCCGUGACAUUGAUGAUACCUCAGUAUCAGCAGCGUCGUCCAGCGACCAAUCCCUAGCUGCCACGUGGCGCAAGGUGGUGGCGUCCAUGGCAUCGCACAAGGGAUGGAUGCAGCGGCAGCAUGUGGGCCCACUGCCGCCCAACUCACUGGAGCAGGUCAAGGUGGAACUCACAAUGGAGGCUUACUUGACCCGUGCUUCUCUCUCCAAUGUUGCAGAUUUGCGGGAAAGUUUAGACGAGACCUUUGCAAGCACCGGAGACCUCUCCUCAACCAGCAAGGAACCGCCACCCACCCCCACCUGUUACACCUGGAGCACACCAGCUGGGUUGGAGGUUCUCCUUAAAGGUACACGCAUCUCUCUCGCAGUAUGCGACAGCUCGACUCUCCUUUCAAUCUCAGCCGUAGCUUGUUUGGUUGCCAACUCUCGCUCCUCCCCGUUUCGCAUCAGUUCUCCCCAAACCCACACACUCCCUUCUUCUUACCCUCGCUCUCCCACCUACACCCCCCACCCUCUCACUCACAUCAUUUCCGCCUGUCUGCAGGGAGGUGGCUUCCUGGUGGAGGCGUGUCAGGAGAUGGUGCCGCACAGCAAGGCUGACUGCCCGUACGGCGUGUGCCGCUGCCGCCAGUGGGUGCCCUCGUCUGACACCGCUGUGGUACUCGUCUCCACCGCGGAGGACAUGCAAGGAUGCCCCCCCAGCACUUCCAAAUCAGUUCCUCCACCUGCUGCUGCUGCCUCUCCUUCUGCUGCUGCUGGGGGUUCUGCUGUGGAAGGCCAGCCCCGUGAGCCAGUGGUGGUGGUGUUCCGAGUGAGGCUGGACAAGAUUCGAGUGGAGGCAGAGCAGCACAAUGAUAAGAUCGCGAUGGUGCGGGAUCUGUUUCCUCCUGGCAAGGUCAUGAUAGCACGGGUGUUCUACCGAUGGCGCCUUCAGACAGUGGUGGCGAGGGGUUACAGCGAUGAAGCCAUAUUUGCUGCCUACGAGUCGCUCCAGCGGGCCAAGGCUCAGGUUGCUGUUCAGCUGCAGGAGGCAGGAACAUUGCAUCAGGUGGCUGUGAAAGUCGCCCUCCUCCCAUUCUCCUGCUCGCCAGAUGCUGACUUUUGGAAGCAGCGAAGUGGAGAGGGCUCGUGGGGCGAGCCCACACCCACUUCUUUACCCUCCAGCCGCCUGAAUUCUUCGUCUGGCCGGUCUCGUGUGUCUUUUAGAGAUGCCGCGGAGGACGACGUGGAAAGCGAAGAUGAGAAGGAGGAGGCACAAGGUGGUGAGAGGUGGUCUGGGAAGCGUGUGGGGGGUGGAAAAGCAGAUGGUUCCGAGUUCGGGCCUCGCGUGCGGAGGACUGGGGGUGGGAAGCGGUUGAGCAUUGGAGAGCUGCCUGUUGACGGAAGCGAGGCAGACACGGAUUCUGACGAGGAUAAUGAGAGGGGUGGAAAGAGAGUGUCUCUGGAUGAUAGUCCUCUGGACAUCUUAGGUCCGAGUUCUGAAUGGCACUCUCAUGGAGCGCCACGGGAGGGCAUGCGUGAGAUGAGAACGCGAGGAAGGAGUAGGGAUGGUGGAGAAAAGGACGGGAGAGGUGAAGGUUGCCGUGUGUAUUCAAUGAGUGGGUGGAGGGAGAGGCGGAGGGGUUGGCAGGGAAGCAGUGGGGAGGGAGAGGUAGCAGGAAGCGAUGCAACGAGUGAAGUGUGGAAGCUGCAGGCUGAGCUGGGAUGUGGAAUGGUGAUCAUGUCCAUAGAAGGGGUAUCCUUUGGCAGCGUCAUCAUGCAGAGAGUGAAGGUGGAUUUGACCUCGCAGCCAGACGCAGUGGAUGUGGAUCUCACAGUUGGCGAUCUGGAUGUGGUUGACAUGCUCGCCAACUCCAAGCACUACGCUCACAUCUUUGAGCCCAACGGAGACCUUCCAAGCCUUAACCUCGUUGUUCGGCAGAACAUGGUGCUACGAGGGCCCAACCUACCUGCCAAGCCUCAGGUGUGUGUGUUCGUGGAGAGCCAGCAGACAAGGAUAACUGCCAUCUUCCGCUUCUUCAACGACUUUGCUCUCUUCGUGGAGCGCAUGGCCCCCAUCUUCUCACCUCCCCAGGCAUCCGGUGCAUCUAAAGAAAUCCGCGGCUCAGCCAAGGGCCAGGAUGCCAAGAGGGAGCGGUCAAAGCAAGGGGAGGGUAAAGCAGCUGGGGAUUCCGAGGGAGGUGAUGCACCCCCACUGGUGUUCCUGCACAUCUCUGACCUGUCGCUCUGCCUCCCAGUGUCGUCGUGGAGCGAGGAGUCUCUGGAUGUGCGAGUGGAGACCAUCAACCUCAUCGUUCCCACUCCGGCUUCUCAGCGCCUGUCCCAGCACACACUGCUCAGACUUGCGACAGGCAUCCGCCCUCAGGACCCCUCCUUCUGGAAGCCGCUGGUGGAUGCUCUGGACCGCUCCCCCCCCUCCUGCCCCGACUCCGUUGGCAUUCAGCUCUCCCGCUUUGGGGCCUACUGGUCUCCUUCUAAGACGCCCUGUGUAUGCAGCUGUUCUUCUUACCAUCUGUGCCCCCUCCCCCCUUCUCCUGAUCCUUGCCUUCUCAUCCCUGUGCGUUCACUCGCCCCACUCCCUGCCAUGCCUGCUUGUCCCCCCUCUCAACAGACCAUCACCCCCAAGGUGGAGCGGAACAUCAUCUCUGAGAGUGGUGUCUUCAUCUCCGUGCAGUCCAAUCCAUCACGAGUGCACGUGCACUGGCCUCAGGUGGAGAUCCGUCUGGGCCCCACUCAGUACAACGCCAUCAUGACCCUCAUCUUCCAGAACCUCGCAGAGGGCUGCUCCUUCACAGACGACCAGGUGCACAACCCGCAGGUGGGUCGGCCCUUGGGCGGCGAGGCUGCUCCUCCAGACCCCUGCAUCAGCCUGGCAGGGCUCACCCCCGGCUUGGAGAUUCAGCUGGACUUUGGCCGCGCUGUCAUCCACGCCGAGAUGGAGCACCCAGCCACUCUGGUUGAGAACGGCUUCGGCGACCCCCUUUUGUCCUUGAGAGCGCACCGCCUCACCAUUGUCUACUCCGACUACACUGAUUUCUCGCAAGUGACAGUGAAGGCGUUUCGCCUGCUCUUGGUGGACGACCGCUUCCUCAAAUUCUCCCAGUCGGAGCUGGCCCUUGUGGAGACCAACAGCUCGCGUGCCAAGCCAUCCCCCACCUCAGCUUCCACAUCCACCCGCCUCUCCACACCCCAACCACCCUCUGGGAGGCGAGUCCGACAAGGGCUUGGGUGCGACCUGGACAGGUCGUUUCUGGUGAACGUGGUGAUGAAGCAAGGGCACGACGGGCGUGCAGGUGGUGACUUCGAUCUCUUGUUGCCCGUACCAGAGGAGAGCCUCAUCAACGUCUGCCCGCCUCCCUCCAGCUCCCAGCACUCCAGCCCUCGUUGCACCGACCCUCCUCUCGCCACCCUAUCACCAAUCACCGCUGACUCUCCUGCCUUCCACUCCGCCCAGUCCCGCAUGCCUCCUCCCUCCACUCCCCCCCGCCUGACCGCUUCUACGAUGCUUCUGAGGCUCUUACUGCCAGCCGACGCAGCAGCAGUACUGGUGGUGGUGGUGGUGGUGGUGGUGCUGCCAGUGGCUUUGGCAGGAGUGGCAGUAGUAGUGCAGCGAGCAGUUUGA